GAGGGCAACAUUGCAAGUUGUUAAUUAUUUGACCUUAAGCCAUGGAGAAAAGACACACAAAUCUACAUAGUAUACUUACGUACUCUCUCCAAUCGUCUUAACCACUAUAAAAAGGGAUAUCCAAAACCUUUCUCAACACACAAAAAAAGUUCUAGCUUUAAAUUAUCUACUAGUACUUGAAUAUUAAAAAAAUCGUCAAGAUGUCUUCAAAAUUGUCUCCUGUUUGCCUCAUUAUUCUGUUUUUCAUCACCACCAAUCCUGUAGGCCGUGGCCAAUCACAAACCCUUGGAGUUGGUUUGGGAGUUGGUGUGGGAGUUGGUUUGGGAGUUGGUGUAGAGGGAUCGUUGGCUUGCACCCCAACAGGAAAUCCUCCAGGCCCUGGAAUUGCUGGAGCAGAUGUCAGGGUUUCUUGUGAUGGGGGUAACACAACCCUUCUUCAAAUGACCACAAGUUCUAAUGGCUCAUUUAGUGGUACAUUAAACGUAACGGUGCUUGUCUCUACCAAUACUAUGACUCCUUGUCAAGUAAUAGUUGAUACACCAAUUGCUAAUUGUCCUGUUCUCGGUCGCGCGAGAGCUCCACUCAUUCCUAUUAGCAGCAUUAUUAGCAAUCCAAUUGGUCUAACCAUAAAAACAGUUGUGGGGCCAUUUCUUCGAGCUUGAGUAAGCUUAGGCUGAUGGCACAGUCAAGCUUAGUCUCCUCUUCUUAAAUAAUGUCUUUUUGACUCAAUAAAUCUUGUGAUGUAUUUAUGUACUUAAAUAAAUGCACCUUAUUCCUCAUAUGGAGUAGAAAAGGUGAUAUGUCUUUAUGUUUAGUAUCUAAUAAAUGGAGAGUGGAGACGUACUUAUUUGAAUUUCGUUUGAUAGUAAAACGAGGAUCAUAUUUGUACAUCUUUCA